UGCUAUAUGGCUGGUGAGGGGGCGACCACGUAGUUCACAGCCGUGCGUCACGAGUCGCCUACGUGCGGCAAGCAGCUGUGCCUGCAUACAGCUUCAAGAUUCAAGAUUUUGAUUGAAGAUGGAGUAAGGUGCACUUCUCAUUUGCACUUCCUCAUCCCUCUCUUGGUCGCUUGCCUUGCUCAGCUCGUUAGCCUGUCAUUCUAGUCACCUCAAGCUAGCGAGCAUCUUCGCAACUUUUGAGUCCAGAUUUCUGGACGCGCGAACAAGAGACCUCCAGAGAGGAGGCUCAGCCCCAAGCUCGGAAGAUAGCUUCGCCCGCGAUUCGCAUUCAAAAAGAACCACGAGAGUUCCUCACCGACACUUGCACAAUCGCGGCAGCGGCUAAGCAAGGACGCUUUCACCAGUGCGGGACUCAUCCUGCCCCUCGCGCAAAGAUGCCGUCCGCAUCGCACCCUUCGCUUUCCUCGGCCCUUGCUUCCAUCGAGGAGCAGUUCGAUCUCUCGAAGAUCAAGCUGCAAGGCAUCUUGGACAGGUUCAGAGAAAGGAUGGUGUACGGCUUACAAAAUCAUGGAGCUGCGAUGGCCAUGAUACCCAGCUAUGUCACGGGCACGCCGGAUGGAUCGGAAAAAGGCGUCUACUUGGCUCUGGACCUGGGCGGAACGAAUUUGCGCGUAUGCGAAGUGACGCUCGGUGGUGAAGGGAAGGUGAGCAUGAAGCAGGAAAAGUACAAGGUUUCCGAUCAGCUCAAGACUGGCCCAGUCGAGAACCUGUUCGACUACAUUGCUGCUUCAGUGGCCAAGUUCUUGAAGGAUUUUAGCAGCGCGGCUCCUCAGAACCCGCAGGAUGGGCCUUUGCUCAUGGGCUUCACCUUCAGCUUCCCCGUGGAACAAACAGCUAUAGAUCGAGGCACUCUUAUCAGCUGGACGAAAGGUUUCAGCUGUCCUGGGGCCGUGGGUCUAGAAGUCGUACAGCUGCUGCAAGGGUGUCUGGACCGGCAACAUGUCCCUGUCCGGGUGAAUGCGCUGGUCAACGACACUGUCGGGGCGCUGUUGGCACACGCUUACCAUGCCAAGGGAGCGUUGCUUGGAGCCAUCUUUGGCACAGGCACCAAUGGAGCUUAUGUGGAGGCGGUAGAAAGAAUUGGCAAGAUGAAUGCGGCUCACGCUCACGGUGAAGAGACGAUGAUCAUCAACACCGAAUGGGGAGGCUUCGAUGACGAGCGCGCUGCGCUACUCAUCACCUUGUUUGACAAUACAGUUGAUCGGACUGCGAUCAGACCUCGACACCACGCUUUUGAGAAAAUGAUUAGCGGAAUGUAUCUUGGCGAGGUUGUGCGGACAGUCUUGAUCCAUCUUGUGGACUCUCUGCAUCUCUUCCAAGGCUUUUCCUCAGAGCUACUAAACAAGCAGUACGGCUUCGACACCGCGUACGUGUCAGCAGUCCUCGCAGACAAGAAGCCCUCGAAUUCUGCCGACUCGCCCACUCGAUUGGUUCUGGUGGACACGUUAGGUAUCAAAGCUGAGCACGUUGCCGAGGGAGAUGUCGAGACUGUCAAGGCAGUGUGCAAAAUUGUGGGAAGGCGGGCAGCUAGGUUGAGCAGCGUCGCUAUUGCGGCAACCUUGCAGCAUACCGGGCACGACCAGCAUCGAGGAGGUGCCGAGUUGCAGGAAUCCGACUACAUCGAUAUUGGCUGCGACGGAAGCGUGUACGAAUUCCUGCCUUACUUUGAAGAAUGGGUAAGGGAGGCAUUGCGAGAUCUUGUCGGAGAAGGCGCCGAGAAGCGCGUGCGAAUGGCACUUGCAAAGGAUGGCAGUGGAGUGGGAGCUGCUUUGUGCGCUUUGCAAGCCAAGAAACAACAUGAUAGAAUGCUUGCCAGAAGCAACACAAUUUGAUGCGCGUCAAACUGUGCUGCGCACGGGAGGGCCCUGCCGCUCACAUUGAUGCGCAACUCCCUAAUGAUUGUCUCCUCUGGAUGCUAGCAAUGUCAUUGGUCUUAUGGUAU